GGGCAGCAAUCGCCCUGCUCCUUCUAGCGCAUGAAAAAUGAAUGGGCGCGAAAGAGAUCACUGUAGCGCGUAAAUGUUGUGAAUCGAGUUAUUUUUUUCGUAACUGAGUGACGUUCAAGUACAACCCAUUGAAAUGAUAACAAACAAGCUGAUAAGGGCUAAGUGUUGAAUAAAGUUAACGUCGUUGAUGCUGUCGAGAAGUGUUUAUGGUGUGAAAAUGUCAUCCAGUUGUGAUAAUGUGGCUUAAAGCAAAGUUUGUACAAUAAAUUAAUGUUUUUAUUAAUGAAAUGUGUUGUUACGCACUUGAGCUUCCCUCGGCGGGUGACGUGAGCGGCAGUGCUGCCGCGGUGGCAGAAGCUCUGAACUAAACGACAGUAGCUACAGAAUCGCUCGGUACGUCGCGACACCGAGCGAUUUUCUUAAUUUUCCACGAAAAUGGCCAACAGUUUCGAACCGAUGGCCAAAUCAAAGCAUUUCCCGAUAGAUCAACUAGUCCGAGUCGGCAAUUACAAUCUAGAAAAGACAAUAGGAACGGGGAAUUUUGCGGUGGUUAAACUAGCUACACAUGUAAUAACGAAAUGUAAGGUCGCGAUAAAAAUAAUAGACAAAAGCCGACUGGACGAAGACAACCUAAAGAAGACUUUUAGAGAAAUAGCAAUUAUGAAGAGACUGCGACACCCACACAUAGUGCGAUUAUACCAGGUGAUGGAAAGCACACACACAAUAUACCUAGUGACAGAAUACGCUCCGAACGGGGAAAUAUUCGAUCACCUAGUAUCAAAAGGGCGUAUGCCGGAGCCGCAAGCAGCGCGGCUGUUUACACAAAUGGUGUCUGCGGUAGGGUACUGCCAUGCCCGAGGGGUCGUGCACAGAGACCUCAAGGCAGAGAACCUCCUGCUGGACACACACAUGAACAUCAAGUUGGCAGACUUCGGAUUCAGCAACGAGUACGUGCGCGGGGCCGCGCUGGCCACCUGGUGCGGGAGUCCGCCGUACGCCGCGCCUGAACUCUUCGAGGGGCGGAGAUACGACGGGCCUAAAGCAGAUAUAUGGUCGUUGGGUGUGGUCCUAUACGUGCUGGUGUGCGGCGCGCUACCGUUCGACGGCGGUACGCUGCACGAACUACGGGCGGUGGUGCUGGCCGGCAAGUUCCGGAUACCCUACUUCAUGUCGCAAGAAUGCGAGCAGCUGAUCCGGCACAUGCUGGUGGUGGAGCCCGAGAAGCGGCUCUCGCUGCGCGGCGUGGCGCGCCACCGCUGGCUGGCCGCGCACCACGCCGGCCCCGGGCCUCCCGCGCCUAUAGAUCCAUCGACGGGGGCGUGCACGUGUCACCCGGCCGGCGUGGCGGCGACGCCCUCGCACGACACCGUGCUGUCCCACAUGCUCACCUUGCCCGGGCUCACCCCCGACCUUAUACAGCAGUCUGUCCAGGAAGAACGUUUCGACCACAUCUCUGCCAUCUACCAUCUCCUCAUGGAUAAAGUUCAGCAACGGACCCAGCGGAUACAUAGAGGUACACCAUCAGAUAUACAUCUUAUUAGGAGCGGGACAGAGGAGCAGAUGGAUGCCGAAGACUCGUGUCAAGACUGCCUGGUGCUGCCUGACGCUGUAGACUACUUGUCUGAACGGACAGACAGCCUAGAACAGUUCGGCGAGGCAGGUGGCGUGGCGGUGGCGGCGGCGCGUGCGCAGCCCGCCGACCCGCAGCGCAGACACACCGUGGGUCCGCAGCCGCGACACGACCAAAUGGAGGUGGGCGCGGCGCUGGGCUCGGCCGCCUCGGCCGACGGACGGAACGCGCCGCUCUAUGUCUCAGAAUUCGCUCAAAGUUCAUCGCGCGAGGCGCCCGUGGUGUCCAUGUUGCCCCACACGAACCUCGCCGCACCUCUCCCCGCGUGGCACCACUUCAGUGUCAAAGACCAGCAUUUACUGAAGCCACCGAUAGCCAUGCAGAGUCAGGCGUCGACGUUCGGGCGGCGCGCGUCUGACGGCGGCGCGCACGUGCCGCGCGGCCGCGAGCGUGCCUGCUGCCACAGCGCGCCGCCGCACCACGUGUCGGACAGCGGAGCGCCCGCGCCACAGGAGGACGCGGAACAGACCGAAGACAUAUGCAGGUAUAUGAUGAACCGCGGCAGCAGUAAGCGGCACACGAUGGCGACUACGGAGGACGCGGCCAACACCGCCGCCGGACCCAUGCCAGCUUCAUCACCAUCGUCGUCGGCCAACAUCCGUGUCAGAAGGACGGGUCUGCUGACAGUUACGGAGCGCCCUCCCGUAAUAAGUCCAGAACUAGUAAUGGAAGUGGAAGCGCGGAUGAAAAGGAACUAUCUGCCGCCGUCCAUAGGCUACCAAUACACGUACCCUAGUGGAUACCAGAGCCCACCCUCGCAGAGCCCCACGCAGGGCUCCAUCACCGCCGGCACGCCCAACCCCAUACCGGUAGAACCGGUACCGGUACCGAAAACCGGUUCCAUCAUGUCUGGCACGCCCAUCACCACUCAAGCCGCUACGCCUUACACCACCGUACUCUCAAAUUACACAAACCAAGGAUCUAUAAUGACUGGAACACCGAUAAAUACCGGUUUCGACACCAAUUACAAUAAUUUCAUACCGGGCUCUAUAACCAGCGGGACGCCAGUGGCGUAUCAGAGUCAAACAACGAAUACCGGUUUCCAAGUACCGGUUUCGCCCGCUCAGUACACUCAGGCGCAUAAUACCGGUUUUCAAGUACCGGUUUCGCCCGCUCAGUACACUCAGGCGCAUAAUACCGGUUUUCAAGUACCGGCUUCGCCCGCUCAGUAUACUCAGACGCAUAAUACCGGUUUCCAAGUACCGGUUUCGCCCGCUCAGUACACACAGGCGCAUAAUACCGGUUUCCAAGUACCGGUUUCGCCCGCUCAGUACACUCAGACGCACAAUAACAGGCAGAGGAAGUAUUCGGGCCCGCAGCGAGUCAAGUUACAAUUGUUGGCUACUGUACAGGAGAAUAUGGCGCGCGAGCACGCGGAGCGCUACUCGCCGGUGCGGCGCGCCGAGUGCUCCCCGCCCCGCGCCGCGCACGACCUCGCCUCGGCGCGGCUAGAGUACCAGCAACUACAGCGCGGGUUAGAGAGACGCGGCGUGGGAGCGGGCGCGUCGCCGCCGCACGACGUGCGCCUGCACACGCCCGCCGCGUCCAUGCCCAACUCGCCCAUCCACGGCGCCUCCCCGCCGGCGUUAGAACUGUCGUCGCUGCCCGAGCCUGAACUGCCGCACAUGCUGCUCACACAGGACUUGGCGUUAAAGUUGGGGUUGAAGUACGGCACGGAGUUCUCGACGCCGCCCGCGCCGCCCGGGUCCCCGCUGCGGCAGAUCACCGAGGGGCUCAGCUACCUGCACACCGGCUCCAUCACCAGAGGGACCCCUCAGGCGACCGCGACGCCACUGGACCUGCGGCAGAGCGCUGACAUGGACACAGGGCAUGUGCACCCUAGCCUGCAUGCGCUACACCCCGUGCACAGGUCGCUGAACAACAGCCCGAUCUCGAACCCCGGCUCGCCGCUCGACAUGAUACAGGAGGAGAUACACAACGGCUGCCCGCAGCUCGGCUACACGCAGGUACACACCUAUCAGUUCCAGCACUACGUGUCCACGCAUCCUCAGAUCAGCCUGACCGAUUGCCUCGGCUCCGAGAUCACCCUAGUAGCCUCCUCAUCAGAAGACAGCAUGGAUAGCCUGGAAAACACCAAAUACCCCCUCCCGCAAUUCGUCAUAUCAGAACCCUCUGACCUAGAACCCUCAAUAACCAAAGGUAUCGGCAGAAAAGUCAGCCAGGAAACGGAGGCUGUCGAGGAAAAGGAUACGGAAAUGCAGAGUCCAAAAGACCAGGAUAAGAGCAGAAGAAACAGUGAAAAGAGUUUAGGUUUCAGCGAUGACUCUUUAAGCAACGACUCUGCUAACACUUCUCCGAAUUGCGAGCAGAAUAUUCAGUCAAUUUACUCAAAUAUAGUCUCUAUUAGCUCAGGUUUUAGCGAAAAUCGCGGCAGUUUCUCUGAACACAGGGAGUCAUUCUCCUUCUCGGAUAGGGGUAGCUUUUCCGAGCGAGGGGAUUUCACACGAUCGUCUUUUUCGGAAAAAAGCGACUUCGGCCGAGGCAGCUUUUCCGAAAAAGGCGAAACGCCGAGAUCGUCCUUUUCAAAUCAGGGUGUUUUAGGGGAUGUCCAGGAGGAGUUUUACCCCAGGGAUAGGUUAGAAAAAUGCGUUGAAGGCGAGGAAAUAGACAAACUACAGAAAUCUACCAUGGAUCUACGUUUAACGGACAUAUGCCGGCCGGAUGAAAAGAUACCCAUACUAUUAAGUCCUCAAAAAGUCUCAUGUAUACAGGAAUCUUACGAAGUAAUGCUGUCAACCGUAUGUUCAAAGUUAGAUUCGCAAAGUAUAGUAGAGUUGCUGAAAGACACGAUAAACUCCAGAGUACCACCGCAGAAUAUAUUCGUGGAGACUCAGAGCCACGAUGAUACUCUGACCGGCUUGAAUCUGGAGUACUCUGGGGGUAUUCAGAUAGAGCUGGUGCUGUGCGAAAACAAGGCCAUGGAGAAAAAGGGCCUGAAGAUGAGGAGGAUCUCCGGAGACCAGAGGGAGUAUGGGAAGCUGUGCCAGCAGCUCAUCACCAGUCUCACGGUCUGAACAUCAA